GGCGGGACUUCCGGCAGCCCAGGUUGGACGUAAAGUGACAGACUUCACCUCCUUAAAAUUGGAAGAAAACCCGAAGGACGACGCGUUACAAGUUGUAAAACAGUAAGGAACCUGUAUUGUAAUGAUUUUCAGACAUGGACGACAUAAACCUUCCAUAUCGCUUUCGGAACUGGAGGAGACGAAUGCGAGAAAUCCGUCAGGUGCGAGCAGCGGGUUACCGGGAGCGACUGAGAAAGAUGCUGAGAGACGGAGACAUACUCAGGUAUCAUGGGAACUCGCAUGAAGUCGGCUGUUUUGUUGCUUCCAGGCCGUUGUCGAAAAGAAACCGCUAUUUUGAAGUGACCAUUGUCGAUACAGGAGUGAGGGGGAUGAUUGCUGUUGGUUUGGUGCCUCGUGUGUACAAACUGGACCAUCAGCCAGGCUGGCUCCCAAACUCUGUAGCUUUUCAUGCUGAUGAUGGCAAGCUGUAUAAUGGAAGCACUGUAGGACAACAAUUUGGUCCAAAAUGCUGCAGAGGUGACAGAAUCGGUUGUGGAAUAUCUCUGGACUCUGAAGAUGGACAGUUAACAGUGUUUUUCACCAAAAAUGGCAGUGAAGUUGGCAGUGUGGACAUCGCGGCGUCUCCUGAUGCCCUCUACCCUGCCGUUGGGAUGCACUCCUUAGGGGAAGAAGUUCUGCUGGACCUGAACGCUGAAUGGGGCACAGAGGAGGAUGAUGGACAGAUGAUAGUUGACAGCCAUGAGGAGGACUGGGCCCGUCUCCAUGACGUCAAAGUGACUGGCACGCUGCUGGAGUAUGUAGGAAAAGGGAAAAGCAUCGUGGAUGUGGGUUUGGCUCAGGCCCGUCGUCCUCUCGACACACGCUUCCACUACUACGAACUGGAGAUCACAGAUGCUGGAGAGAAGUGUUACAUCGCCCUGGGGCUGGCACGCAGGGACUACCCAAAAGAUAGGCAUCCAGGUUGGAGCAGAGGGUCCAUAGCUUAUCAUGCAGAUGAUGGGAAGUUGUUCCACGGCAGCGGCGUCGGGGACCCGUUUGGACCACGCUGCUUCGAAGGGGACGUUAUGGGCUGUGGCAUCCUGUUUCCACGUGACUUCAGCCUUGAUGGUGGAGAUGACACGGAUGACUGGGACGUCGACAUGGUUCCUAAGCCCAGUGCGGUUCAGAAUGAUUUGUACGCAAACAAUGACGAUGAGGAAGAAGAAGAGGGAGAAGAUGUAGAUGGGAAGAAGGUCAUGGUGUUCUUCACUCGCAAUGGAAAGGUGGUGGGUCGGAGGGAAGUGGCUUUACCAGUAGGAGGCUUCUACCCCACCAUCGGCAUGAUGAGCACUGGGGAGAAGGUCAGAGUGGACCUGCACCCCCUCAGCGGCUGAGUUUUGAGGAUGAAAUAUGAGCAGAGUGGUGAGAUCAGAGCAAGGACGAAUAAUGGAGCUCUGGUACAUUUUGGAGAUUGGACAAUAAAUAAUAACCUCCAUGUUAACAAGCUCCAAAAUGUUCCUUGAAGGGUCACCCUGGUUGACUGUGGCUCCCUCAUGCUGUAAGAAUGACUUAACAUGCUGGCAAAAAGUUUUAUCAAAAUUUAUCAAGCUAUAUGUGAAUAUGACAUUUGUGCCUCAAAAUCAAGCUUUAAAAUGAAAUCAUUUUGUACUGUAAGAAACCAUUCAGAGGUGUUUAGGGCUACAAACUGUUGUUUAACAAUUUAAUCACACAGUGUUAAAUUUAUAAAAUAACAUAAACAGCCAAAAAGGGUCUUGCUAGAAUAAUGAUGAAUGUAAAAUCCAGAUAGAGAAGGCCUCAGUUAAGAAAUGGACCUUAUUUGUUAUCGGCAGUAAUAUAUGUCAGCAAAUUCCUAGUUCUACUCCGACAGCCUGCAGCCCUUCUGUGCUCAUUAGAAGAGCUCUGCUGUACUUCCUCCUACUGGUGGUGUGUUACUGACACUCAGUGGUGAGACUGAUAGUCUGUAAAAAAAAAAAAAAAAAAUCCUCAGAAAGUCUUCCAAAGACACAGCGGUGCAAUGAAUCAUCAGUGAGUUCACUCUGUGAAGCUAAGUCAGUAAAAACCAACUGUUUUAUUGCUGUGUGACGGCGGGUGCUUGUUCUGACAUUGAGUCAUUCCAAAGAGUUAUUACUGCAUAUUUUGUUAAACACUUCAAACCACAUGCAUAAGGAGUAAUGGGGUAAUUAAGUGUAGUAAAAAUUUGUUGAAAUUGAAUUAAAACUAUUUUAUGGCCUUUAAUUGUUUAUAUUGGAGUAAGCACUUUUGAAAAGCAAAAAUUCAAUUUGGUAUGAUUUGAACCUAACUUUAAAUGCUUUACUGUCAUUAAAGAUGCACAGGUUAGAAUAAAACCAACAUUUGGGAUGAACAUCUGCAUCUAAAAGGCGUGACACUAAUAGCCCAUGAGAGGAAGGAACAUUUACUGAGGUGACGAUAUGAGUCUGUCUUUAUGUUUUUUGUUUACUCUCUUGAUAUAUCUUUGUCUAAGUGCUUUCCAGUAUACAGAUGUUUGGUGUCCAUGUGUAACUACAUGUUUUCUGAGCUUGUAUUCUACAGUUUGCCUUACAUACAAACAAAGAAAAUGACUGAUAUCUGUGUUAGAAUUAAUGAAAGAAAUGCCAAACUCAGUGGAAUCUUCUGAUGAUGAACUGAGAUUUCCAGACAAAAGACAUCAUGAUGAAGUCAUGAUGAUGAAUGUAUUUUCUGUGGAUCUUGAGGUUUUUUUGGAAGUGAAUACCAAAUCUCUCAAAAGGAAAACUGAUUAUUAGACUCUGACAGGACAAUGAAUUAAGUACGAAACACUGCAUAGCAGAACAUUUUUUAUUAGUUCAGCGUUUGAGUAUUUGGCUGAAGAUCUGAAUGUUGAAAACGUAGCCAUACUGUAACUAUUACUUGCUGCUCUCAGGUAUAUUUGAAAAUCCAAAAUAAUCAAGUUGUCUUUUUUCUGCAGUGAGGUCAUUUUGUGAUUUUUUUUUUUUUUUUUUUGCUGUAUGUUGAAUUCAGUUAUUUGCCACAAGCAGUUUUACAUGUCAAGCUUUUUUUCCUUAUUUUCCACCAUAAUCUAUUACUACUUUGUUUUUAUAGUUGUUCUCUCAAAUUCUUGUGCCAAUUGUUAAGUUGCAGUAAUUAGUAAAAGAUUUUUUUUUGUCCUGCCAAAUUUGACUCACACCUACUAUUUGGAGAUUUUUGGCAAAGCCGUUGCUUCACCUCUAACAGGCCUAUUUUGCGUAACAGGUUGUAAGUUAUUCAUAAAAAUAUGGCACUAAGCUGUAAUCGCUGGCGACAGCUGCAACAUUUAAAGGGUUUUAACUUUAUUCCCCAAAGCUAUGUAUUGAUGUUUGUUUUUUAUCAGGCAGAAAGACACACUCCACUAAUGUAGUAAAUACACCUUACAAUAAGGACUGAACAGCUUUAAAAACAUAGGAUCUAAUGAGCAAAGUCUGUGUGAAAGCUCCAGUCUGGACCCUUUAUAAAAUAAUGCACUUGCUCAUUGGCUCCGUGUAGGUGUUGGAAAUGUUCUACAUGUAUCUUGGUUGAUGCUGACUGUGGAAGAGAUCGAAGAACACUUUACUGAAUCCUUGCUGGACUCCACAUUUUGCUGGAAUAUUCAUUUAAAUAAGGCUUAGUUCUGUCCAUAAAUGAGCCCCAAGAUAAGCCAAUAUUUUUAAAACUUUCAUUCAUUUGAUGCUCAGUUGCUGCUAUUUGUGUGCUGAGAAGAUGUUUAACAUACUAUCACAACAGCCUGUGCUAUAAGCAAGGCGUGUUCACGUUUUUGUGUCAUCAUCAAGUUUACAGGAGCUGCUGAUGGUCUCCUGCUCCCCUCGGAUACACUCUUUCUUGUGUAUUUUUCUUUAAUUUGGACUUUUCUCUCAUUUUGUCUCUUUACACUUAAAGCAAUCACAUAAUCGAACCAAAAAUGUUAAUAAAAGGUUAUUUAAAUUCACUGCA